AGGCGAUCCAGUCCCACGUCGUCGGGGAACGAGGGAGUCGGUGUCCACGUGCCGGCGCGUCCGCGCAAGUGUCGUCGGGGCCACAUCGGAUGGACCUCGCAGCCGCCGGGAUGAGCAAAGAGAGCAGUGGCCGCCAGGCCCGAGUGCCCCGGGAUCGGGAACGGAUGGGACGAGGCAAGCCCAGCCAGGGCGCAGCGGGGAGCCGCGAGCGGGACGCGGGGCGACGCGUGGUGGUCGCGCCCCGGGCGGGCCGCCUCCGAGAGGGAGGCCGAGACCGAGAGCGAGACCGAGGCCGAGGCCGACGCUCGAGCUCUCCGGUGCUCUCUGCCCGCCAGCCCUGCCCUGGCACGCCCGGUGCUAUCCAGUCCCCGUCUCCCACAAAAGCUAAGCCGCGCAAGUCCCGCCACAAGAGCAAGAAGUCACAGAAGAAGGAAGGGGGCGGGGCGGCCGACGCUGGAGGGAGCGUCCGGCAAUCGCGGCGGUGCCGGCUCAAGCAGCUGCGGCGGCGGCUGUUGAUGAAGCCGUCAGAGCGGCGGUCCCCAAUCCCGCUGCCCCCGCCGCCAUUCCCGCCGCCAUUGCCUCCCUUGCCGCCGCCGCCGCCCCCGUUUCCUCCACCGCAGCCUCCGGAGGGGAGGAACUGGCACGUGCAGCUCAACUCACAUCUUGCAUGCGACAACGAGUUCACUGCCCCAGAGGUGAGAGCUGAUCGGGUGCUACCCUCCAUGGUACUGGAGGGCCUUCUGGGCUCUGAUGAUGAGGAACAGGAAGACCCCACCGAUUACUGCAGGGGCGGUUACUACCCAGUGAAGAUUGGAGACCUGUUCAAUGGAAGAUACCACGUGGUUCGAAAGCUGGGGUGGGGCCACUUCUCCACCGUCUGGCUCUGCUGGGAUAUCCAGCGGAAGCGGUUUGUGGCCCUGAAGGUGGUGAAGAGUGCCGUCCAUUAUACUGAGACUGCCGUGGAUGAGAUCAAACUGCUAAAAUGUGUCCGGGACAGCGAUCCCAGUGACCCCAAAAGAGAGAUUGUCGUGCAGCUCAUUGAUGACUUCAGAAUUUCAGGGAUCAAUGGCGUCCAUGUGUGCAUGGUAUUGGAGGUUCUGGGCCACCAGCUGCUCAAAUGGAUCAUCAAAUCUAACUAUCAGGGCCUGCCCCUCCCCUGUGUGAAGAGCAUCGUUCGUCAGGUGCUGCAGGGCCUGGAUUACCUCCACACCAAAUGUAAGAUCAUCCACACUGACAUCAAACCGGAGAAUAUUCUUCUGUGUGUGGGUGAGGUCUACAUUCGAAGAAUGGCAGCAGAGGCCACACUGUGGCAGCAGUCGGGGGCCCCACCUAUCUCUGGAAACUCUGUGAGCUCUGCACCCCAGCGGAUCAUGCAUGGGAAGCUCUCUAAGAACAAGAGAAAGAAGAUGAGACGCAAGCAGAAACGGCAGAAGCAGCUCCUGGAGGAGCGCCUUCGGGACCUGCAGCGCUUGGAGGACCUGGAGGGUGAGAGGGGCCUGGAAGACCUGUUGGCUCCACCACCCCAGCCCCCUGAUGUGGACUCAGAUGAAGCCGCAGGAGCUACAAACACCAACUCACAGCUGGGCGAAAGCAGCGGGACCACCCUUGCCGAGGCCUCGGGGGGCAGCUUGGCAUGCAGUCCCCAGAGCCAGACCUCCUCUUCAGGCUGUCACCCAUGGGGAGGUGGAGGGGCCUCCCCAGCUUCUUCCUCGCCACCUCGGGGACAACGCACAGGCAACCGAGCCUUCAGCCCUGACUCGCAGACAUCUGGAUUUUCGGGGUCCCUCUUCUCCCCUACAUCGGGCUCCAUCCUUUCAGGCUUUUCAAACCGUCAAGAGAAAGGGACAUUUUCCUCCCUCAGCAAUUUCCUCGUGAGCCCUCUGGAGCCACAGAAUGCAGACAAGAUCAAGAUUAAAAUCGCUGACCUCGGCAACGCUUGCUGGGUGCACAAGCACUUUACCGAGGACAUCCAGACCCGACAGUACCGGGCAAUCGAGGUGCUGAUUGGAGCUGAAUAUGGCCCAUCUGCUGAUAUCUGGAGCACUGCCUGCAUGGCUUUUGAGCUGGCCACAGGGGACUAUCUGUUUGAGCCACACUCUGGAGAAACUUACACUCGAGAUGAAGACCACAUUGCCCAUAUUGUGGAACUCCUCGGAGACAUCCCUCCAGCCUUUGCUCUCUCGGGCCGCUAUUCACGGGAAUACUUCACUAGACGAGGUGAGCUCCGUCACAUUAAAAAUCUCAAGCACUGGGGUCUGUAUGAAGUCCUCAUGGAGAAAUAUGAAUGGUCACUGGAGCAGGCAACACAGUUCACAGACUUUCUGCUGCCCAUGAUGGAAUAUAUCCCUGGAAGGCGGGCCACUGCUGCUCAGUGCCUCCAGCACCCCUGGCUCAACUCCUAAAUCCAAGUCCUCCUGUUGUCCCUGCUCUCAUUUGCUGUGGUAGAGUGGCCUGCUUUGGAAAUGUGCCUUGGGACCGAGCUAGAUGGGGGGGAGGAAACCAUCUCAAGGGGUCAGGGCUCUGCUUCAAGUGUGUUCAGCCCCCGCUGAAAAAACAAGAAGCCCAACUUACUUCAGAUGGUCUAGCAUCAUCCAGGCCCACAAAAUCAGUGGCUUUGCCAAUCUCUCCGCCACCCCAUCCCCUGCCCCAUCCCCCCCACCCCCCCCAGCCAUCAUGAGGAACCUUGGUGCAUCCUCCUAUCAGGCCCAUAAAUAGUGUAAGCUAUGUUAGAUCUGUUUAGAGAGCAGUGUUUCUGAAGAAGGAUUUAGAGUUGUUUUCCAACCUGUUUUCCAGUUUUUUCCCCCUUUCUGAUCCCAAUUUUCAGCUCAGGGCAAAAAUAAAGCAAUAAAGUUGUUUUUCUUACUCAAGA